AUGGCCACCACUACUACUGCUCCGAAUGUUACCUACAUUUCUAUGAUUGGCUUUUGGAUUAUGAUUUUGUCUUCGAGUGUGUGCGGAACUUUUGUUUUACCUGAAUUCCAAUCGGUUCCUGAAUCAGUUGUUUAUUAUGCGAAAAAUGAUCCUAUCAACAAGAUUUUGAAGAUCUGUUGUGAUAUUUGGCCGAAAUGGCCUUUAGGAAGCUUAGCCUAUUAUUCAACGUAUCAUUUUCAUCAAUUAUCUGAUAAUACUUCUAAUCAACCAUUCACAACAAUAACAGAUAAGAUUGCUCAUCAGAGAACUAUUUAUCAUGUGCCUUCUAAUUUUACAUGUGAUCUCCAUUUAUUCAAUCAUAAUAAUAACAAUAAAACAUUGAAAUCAAAGAAUUGUCUUUGUUUUUCAAGUGUUACUAGUGUUGAAUUGUUUUCAGGUGAAAAGUUUUAUUGUUUGGCCAGUACUGAUUUUGGUUCAAUUAUAAGUAAACCGUUUCAAAUAGCAUUAAAAUUCUCUUCCAAUCCUUCAUUAAAAAAUGUUUUAUGCAUGAAUUUGGAUGGUAGUCUAUUGGAUAUUGAUACGGUCAAUGACAUUAGGAAACCAAUAAAAAUAACUGCUUAUGAAAGUCAGAAUAUAACAUUACCUUGCGUAUUCAGUUCUCCACAACCAUAUGUGGCUAAUGUGAGUCGAGUUAUCGGUGUAUCUAAUGGAAAUCAAAAGUUCGACUCUUUAUUUGGCGUUUUAGAUAUAUAUAAUUUGGCGAAGAAUGAUGAAGGAUUGUACUUUUGUACAGCUAACAAUAUUACUUCUUAUGCCUAUCUAAAGGUUCUUCCUUCACCUCAAUUAAUCGUUUAUCCACAGAAUAUUAAAGCGAAUAUAGGAGAUUAUGUUAAUUUAUCAUGUAUAAGUUCUAUAAUUGAUAUAACACCGACUUGGUAUUUCAACGGAAUUCCUGUUCAAUUUGCAGUGUCUAUAAAUCCAUACCAUACAUCGUUGUUAAUUAAUUCAAUGCAAUUAUCAAAUGUCGGUAUAUAUCAGUGUAUUCUUGAAAAUGAUGUCAAUAAUAUAUGGAUAGAUGGAAUAAGUACAGUUAGUUUACGUGAACAAUCAUUAUUUACAAGAGAUGAAUUCAAUUCUGCUUUAUCAAAAGUUACAUUUCCUUUGCGUCAUCAUGAAAUUGAUUUAUUUAAGGUGGAAAUCGAUCCAUAUCACCAAGUUGUUGAUGAUAUUACAAAAACUCUGCACAAUUUAUUACCCAUUGGAAAUAGUAAUAGUCUAUCUGAACGUUUAAAUAUUUCAUGUCUUUUAAAUUUGAUUCAUGUAAAAUGGUUGAAAGUUGACAGCUCAAAUUCAUUAUUACCAAUGAAUAGUAAUAUUAAUGAUACCAAUAACUAUAAUAAUAAUGCUUCAAAUCAUAAAUUACAAUGUUCUACACCGUAUAUAAUUGAUAUCAAUGUGACUAGAUCAACUGAUUUUGGUUUAUACAGUUGUAAUAUAUAUUUUGGUGAACAGUUAAUAUAUGAACGUUAUUUCAGACUUAUGGAAUCUGUUAUUUCAUCGUAUUCAUUAAAUAACGAUUUACAAUUUAACUAUUCCACUAAUGAAUUCACUAAUCUUCAUCACAGAAGCUCUAACAAGAUGGAUAGUUUGUUGCAUAAUGGUCAAGUGACUAAUCCUUUUUAUCGUACACGUCGUAGUCAAGAACACAGAGUUAAUGAAUGGUCUUCAUCUUCUGAACAUAUCGGUUCACUGCCUUUGUUAAAUUUAUCAUUUCCAAGAAGUUCAUAUGAACAUUUAUAUAAACCGAAUGCGACAACUGUUGGUGACAAUUUAGCUGUACUAAUUAGUUGGAAUUCAAUAAACUGUGAUUUUUAUCGUAUUGUUCUCAGAUCACAUAUUCCAGAGUCAGAUGGCUUAUUUGAUCGGUCAACAAUUGAUGAAACAGUAGAAGAAUGUUGUAGUCAUGACAUAGCAUGUUGUUUGAAAAACAAACAUUUCUACUUGACUAAUCGUCAUCCUGGUGAAUUGGUACCAGGUAAAAGUUAUCAAUUUCGUAUAAAUGCUAUUAAACAAAUAAAUAAUGAUGAUCGGUUAGUUGAUAAGAGUCCAUGGUCUGAAACUGUUAGUUUUCAGCAUAUUUCUAAAGUUGCUCCAGUCAUUACAGAAACUGAACGAUUGUCGGAUGGUGGAAUAUUAACUCGUUGGACAUUAGCUACAUCUGCUGUUGGAUUCCCUAUUGAUCAUUUUCUUCUACUCUAUCGUCCAGAAGAACGUUCAGCCAAUGGAAGAAUCACUUAUAAUGGAUUUAAAGCAGUUUUCGUUGAUGGAUCUAAUGCUACAGAACACAAGCUACAGGCUUUAGAAUCAGGUAAAGGGUAUCAAAUUGUGGUUUACGGCGUGUAUACACCUCCUGGAUUCGACCCACAAUCGACAAUCUUCACAGGUGGAUUGAAUGGACGAAAAAUUACUCAAUUCAGUCAUGAAGUGUUUGUAAAGCCACGUUCAAUUUCAUUAUCUACAAAUGAAGAUUUGGAUAAACACGAUUCAUCAGCUCUACGCUCCAUAUCAAAAUCUCGUGAAUUAUACAAUGCUAAAAAUGUGAUUGCAUUUAAUUCCACUGAAUCAAAUCGACUAAUGUUCUUAAUUUUUGGUGCUUUAACUGGUGUAAUGCUUUUAAUUAUGAUCUGUUUAGUUGUAUUAUGUGUAUGGCGUCAAAGACGACGUGAUAAACAUUGUUUAAUAAUGAAUAAUUCUACUAAUGGAUGUAAUGUUAUUUCUUGUAAUUCUUCAAUGAGUCAUAAUGUUGUUGUGAAUAAUUCAUUUCCAAAGUCUCACUUAUUAUUAACAACAUCAUCGUCAACAAGAACUUCUGUUACUGUUGGAGUAUCUUCCAAUAAGUCUAUCGGUACAGCAAAUCGUAUAGAUAACUUAACCAAUCAUGAAAUGUCAAAUUAUUUACUACAAUCUGCAAUAUUAAAUGGUUUAAAACGUGAACCACCAAGUGGCGGUUCAGUGCAUGACGGUACUGAUGAUGAAUCUGUUUUACCUUGUGACAAAAAUCCAAUAACCAAUCUGUCUGAAUAUCCUCAUUCUACUGAAUUCUGUUCGUAUUCACAUCAGAAUCCCAUUGUAUCUCAUUCUUCAUAUCAUAUUGAUGCAAUUAAUAAUAAUGUUCAUGUAAAUGGUAAUGCUGAUAAAACAAAUCCAAUUAUUGUAGUUCCUAAUAGAGAAUUUAAUUUAUGUACAAAUAAUAAUGAAAAAUACCAAUCAAUGCAUCAACAACUUGAUACACAUUCUAAUCCAACUCAUUGUUAUCAUUGUCAGAAUCACUGUAAUCCAUGUGCUAAUUCUUGUUCAUCGAAUAUAUUUGUCAAUGUGGACCAUAUGAUGAUGAGUGAAAAUUAUCAUCAUCAACAAUAUCCAUCAAAUAUUAUGUUUACAUCAACUAUACCAAAUUAUGAUCCUGGUCUACUCACUCCACCAUCUCCGGAUAUUGUCAAUGUGAAUGAAGUGCAUGAUGAUAAUAAUAGUAGUAAUAAUCAUAAUUAUAGUAAUAAUUAUAUAACAAACAUGUACGAUAAUCACCCAUGUCCUAAUUUAGUUCUUCACACUAGACGUCGUCAUCCUCGUUCAAAUUCAUGUUGUUUUAAUCAACCGCAACAAUCACUUUCAUCAUCAUUUAUUCACCCUGCAAUGAUUACUAGCUAUAAUAACAAUUCAGAGAAAAACGUGAAAUAUUUCGGCUUGAGUCAAUCAAUCAAUCAUUAUUGUCAUCGUAAUCAUUGUUCAAUUCCUUGUACCAGUAAUUCACAACAGAACUUCAAUGUUUCUUUAUCCAAAUCGUAA